AUGUCUUUGCAGAGUCAAGAGCAGGUGCAUGAGCGCGCCGAUGCUCAGUCCAAAACUUCUGGCAGUCAAUCAGAAGUGCCCAACGCCUCGGAGAAAACAGCAGCAACAGGGGGUCUCCCUGGAUGGAAGGCCUUUCUGAUUUGGCUGGCCAUCUCCUUUGGAGUAUUGUGCACAUUUCUCGACGAGGGGAUCAUUGCAACCGCCAUCCCAAGAAUCACGGAUGAUUUUGGUUCUCUGAAAGAUGUUGGUUGGUAUGGAUCGGCGUACCAGAUGACUCUGUGUGCUUUUCAGCUGGUGUUUGGUCGCAUGUAUAAUCAGUUCAACAUCAAGAUUGUCUUUUUGGCCUCCCUCGGCAUCUUUGAAAUUGGCUCUCUGAUUUGCGCGGUCAGUCCUAGCUCAGCUGUAUUCAUCGUCGGCCGCGCGAUCGCGGGUCUUGGAGCUUCUGGCUUGCAAAGCGGCAGCUUGGUUCUCAUAUCCGCAGCUUUACCAGCGAAGCAGUUGCCUCUGUACUUGGGCGCGAUUGGCAUGGUAUACGGCGUUGCAGCGGUCGUUGGACCGGUUGCUGGAGGUCUCAUCACAAACAGCUAUUUGACCUGGAGAUGGUGCUUCUACAUCAAUCUCCCAAUUGCGGCUCCUCCCGCUGUAGCGACGUUGCUCCUGAUCAAGUCGCCCCCACAAACCCAAGAACAGCGGCGGCCUUGGCUGCAGAAAAUCCGGGGUUUAGAUUAUCUUGGCAUGGUCCUUUUACUCCCAGGGAUUACCUCAUUUCUCCUCGCACUUCAAUUCGGCGGUACUUUGUUCCAAUGGAGCGACGCUCGCACGAUUGCAUGUUUUGUGGUCGCCGGAGUGCUCAUCAUUGCUUUCGUGGCAGAGCAGUGGUGGAUGGGUGAGAAGGCAUUGGUGCCACCUCGCUUGAUCAAGAUGCGUGUUGUCAUUUUUGGCGCCUUCUUCGGAUUCUGCAUCGACAGCGCUUUCUUCACUUUAGUUUACUAUGUGCCGUUAUGGUUUCAGGCGAUUCAAGGUGUUACUCCAGAGCAGUCGGGUGUACGCUACUUGGCUCUCUGUCUGGCUUUCAUCUUGACAAUUUUCCUCAGCGGUUGGGGCGUUACCAAAACAGGAUAUUACCAGCCCUUCAUGCUCGCUGGGACGGUCUUAAUCGCGGUCGGCGCGGGUCUCCUCUCAACUCUCCGAGUUCAAUCUGGCGCAGGUCAGUGGAUCUCGUUUCAAGUCAUUGCUGGCUUGGGUAUUGGAGCCUCAACUCAGCAAGCCGCUGUUGCGGUUCAAAGUACUCUGACUGAGGGAGAUGUUGCGAUUGGUGUUGCGGUCGUCCUGUUUUUCCAAUGUUUUGGACCAACUACAGCCAUAACAAUUGCACAGGCUGUUUUCUCAAGCAACCUAGCCUCCGGUAUUUCUACUCAUGGACUAGGUGUAGACUUCCAUGAAGUUCAAAGCGCUGGCGCUACGCAACUUGCGCAUCUCGUUCGCCCCGAGCAAUUUGACAUUCUUCUGGAUGUGUAUAAUCAUGCCGUUACCAGGACAUUCCUAGUUGCCACUGCCAUGGCUGCCGGUAGCGUCAUCGGAGUUGCCGGCAUCGGACUGAAGAGAAUACAGGCCGAAGAAGAUAUGCAGAAGAUAAGCCCUCAAGCUCAGUAA